AUGGCAAAAGCAAACAACAAAACACUAUGUUUUGCAUGUAAUGAAGACAAAAUAACAUAUACUUGUAAAGGAUGUUUAAAAGAGUUUUGUUUAACGGAUUUAACAGAACAUCAACAAAGAUUAAAUGAGGAACUGCAUCAUAUUACUGAUGAUUUUAAUGAAUUUAAAGAAAAAAUUAAUAGACAAAAACUAAAUCUACAUGGUCAUUCAUUAAUAAAACAAAUUGAUCAAUGGGAUAUAAUUUCAAGCGAAAAGAUUCAACGAAAAGCAAAAGAUUGCACAGAAAUUGUCAUUGAAUCAUCACAAACAUGUAUUAAUCAUAUUGAAAUGAAAUUUAAUAAUUUACGUGAACAAAUACAACGAUUUCAAAAGGAAAAUCAAUUUAAUGAAAUUAACUUGAAUUAUUUAAGAAAUCAAUUGAUAGAAAUUACCGAACAAUUAAAUAAUCCAUCAACUAUUUAUAUUCAUCAGAAUCCGCAAUCAUUAAUCGAUGAUAUUUUAAUUAUUUUACCAAAAAAAUCAAAAUUCAACAAAUGGAAUCAAAAUGCUAUCACUGUGACUGGUGGAUAUGGAGAAGGGCAACAAUUAAAUCAACUAAGUCAACCUUCUGGAAUUUUUGUUGAUAAAGAGAAAAAUAUUUUUAUUGGUGAUCAUGAUAAUCAUCGUAUUAUUGCAUGGAAAUACAAUGCAAAAGAAGGACAAAUCAUUGCAGGUGAAAAUGGGGAAGGAGAUCGAAUGGAUCAAUUAGAUGGUCCAACAGGUAUCAUUGUUGAUCAGCAAAGUCAUUCGAUCAUCAUUGCGGAUCUGAAUAACAGACGAGUAGUUCAAUGGAUGAAUCAAAAUCAACAAAUUCUCAUUCACAAUAUUGACUGUUCUUAUUUGGCAAUGGAUAAAAGUGGAUUUCUUUAUGUUAAUGAUUAUAAGAACAAUGAAGUAAGACGAUGGAGAAUAGGAGAUCACAAUAACGAAGGAAUUGUAGUGGCAGGUGGAAAUGGAAAAGGAACUCAACUUAAUCAACUCAAUUGUCCUACUUUUAUUUUUGUUGAUAAAGAUCAAUCUGUUUAUGUAUCAGAUAGUAGCAAUGAUCGUGUGAUGAAAUGGAGAAAAGAUGCAAAACAAGGACGAAUUGUAGCUGGAGGAAAUGGUGAAGGAAGAAAUCUUAAUCAAUUGUCUUCACCUGCAGGAGUCAUUGUUGAUGAUUUAGGUCAAAUUUACGUGGCAGAUUUUGGAAAUGAUCGCGUAAUGCGUUGGUGUGAAGACAAAGAAGAAGGUGAACUUGUUGUUGGUGGAAAUGGUGUCGGAUAUCAAUCAAAUCAACUGAAUGGUCCGAUUGGUUUGUCCUUCGAUGAUGAAGGAAAUCUUUAUGUUGCUGAUUAUUUGAAUCAUCGAAUUGAAAAAUUUGAAAUAAUUUGUUGA